ACAAGUCCUGUAAUCUAUGACAGUUUUUGGUUUUCGUUUCGUGUGGAGUGUUAAAAUAUAUUAGUUUUUCUCACUGAAUAAUAAGAUAAUUAUCCAAGUACGGAACAAGAACUAUUCGAAUAAUCAGUUUCGCGUAUCACCGAACAAUUUAAAGUGUGUUAUACAGUGUUUUAAAGCCAGGCGAAGGAAUUUAAAUCCAUUUUCACUGAAGGUAAAUAAAUCCUGACUAGAAAAUCUGCAACUGGAGCUAAAUCGAAUUUCGAAAUGGAGGCAAUCCGUUACUACGUAAUAUAAAGGGGGAAGUCGUCAGAUUUAGGACAACAAUAAACGUACAAUGCAACGGAGUCUGCAUCGGAUAGGCGGUGCUUCCACCAAUAAUGGUUCUUCUGAUCUUCAUGGAUCUCUUUUAAGGGCAAGCAACAGACCUUACGACGGAAAGAUAGCUGGACUUUAUGAUCUGGAAGAGACUCUAGGGCGUGGACAUUUCGCAGUAGUCAAAUUAGCCCGACAUGUGUUUACAGGUGAAAAAGUAGCCGUCAAGGUCAUAGACAAGAGCAAGUUAGAUGAAGUAUCCAAAGCCCAUCUGUUUCAAGAGGUCCGAUGUAUGAAACUAGUCCAACACCCCAACGUCGUCAGACUGUACGAAGUGAUAGACACGGCCACCAAGCUCUAUCUCAUCCUGGAAUUAGGCGACGGCGGCGACCUCUACGAGUACAUCAUCAGACACGACCAGGGCCUGCCCGAGGAGAAGGCCAAAGACUAUUUCAGACAAAUCGUGCGGGCGAUAUCCUACUGCCACCAGCUGCACGUCGUCCACCGAGAUCUCAAGCCGGAGAACGUGGUGUUCUUCAAGAAGCUGGGCGUGGUCAAACUGACCGAUUUCGGGUUCAGCAAUAAGUUCUAUCCCGGUCAGAAGUUGGAGACGUCGUGCGGUAGUUUGGCGUAUUCGGCGCCGGAAAUACUGCUGGGGGAUUCCUAUGACGCUCCUGCCGUUGAUGUUUGGUCGCUAGGUGUAAUCCUCUAUAUGUUGGUUUGUGGUCAACCUCCAUUCCAGGAAGCUAACGAUUCGGAAACACUGACCAUGAUUAUGGAUUGUAAAUACAGCGUACCUACUCAUGUAUCUAGUCAAUGUAGAGAUCUCAUAUCGAGGAUGCUGGUCAGGAACCCGGAGAAGCGGGCUACGUUAAAAGAAAUCUCUAUGCAUCCCUGGUUGAUUACCGGGAACGAAGAAAAUAAUCCCGAUACCUUAACUUUGCCGCUGGUAUCUCGAGAGCAGCUGUGUGAAGACGAUCAUAAUUUUAUCGUACAGAAAAUCGUGAAUGGAAACAUUGCCACUAAGGAAGAAAUUCAAGAGUGUUUAGAUAGGAAUGAAUACAACCACAUAACGGCAACCUACUACCUACUCGCUGAACGGAAACUCAGAUCGAAACGUGUAGAUUUGACGAAUAAAACUAAACGACCCGAAAAUUUGGGCGUGUCGAAAAAUCUAGGUCCUCCUAAACGGGAGAAUGGUUCUGCCAAUCUGGCUCCUAGUUUGCUGAACGUACCUAGAACGCCUGGAGAUUUACCUCAAAGAUCUCGAAAAUGCAGCAUAGUACAAGAAGACGAAGAGGAGGAAGAUUCUUGUGCGACGAGAGAAGAACUGGGUCCGCCGUUGAACAGAAGGGGAUCUCGAUCGGAAGGCCGUUUGAAUCUCGCUUUACAGGAGCGAUUGGCCGAAAAUGAUCGGCGUAAACCUGCAGAAAAGAUUUCUGAACCGCGGCAGAACACCGAUAUUCGGCAACCGCCGAAAGCCCCAAGUCGCAAAGAACAGAGCGCCAAAUGGCAGAACAGCAAAUCGGCCAGCGUGUGCGAACCGAGCGAACCCGAAACGGAUCUCGUGCCAACCACCAUCAUAACCGACUCAUCCACCAUCACCAUACCCAUCAUUACCACCAGCGCCCCCGUUGACUGCUCCUCCAUGCCCAAAUACAAGACGAUGCCCUCGCCCACCAGGACAGCAUCCGAAACGAAUUCUUUGCAGCUGAACGAGAUUUUCGAAGAGGGCGUCGAUAUGACGUCUGAGGGCGGCAGGCCGAGUUCGGGAGGCAAUCGUUUCGUCAAACGCGCCCCCUACGAGCAGAGGAGGAGUAAAUUUCACAAGACGCGUACUGCGUCGUGUAGCUCGUCGGAUGCUAGCGACGAUGAUAGCGAGAAACGGAAGAAGAGGGCUCAUAAACUGAACCCGGCUCCAUCCAAGCCGUUUCAAGGCAGGAGGGAUAGUUACGACGAUAGCAGUGAUUCGCAGGAACCUGGUUCUGGAGCUGCCACAGGAACCGGCAAUUGUCCUCCUAUCGGCGGCUCGACAUCUGUCACUACUGAUCCAGGCAGCGGCAGCACAAAUGGAGGGGAUGGCCAGAGCGAUAAGGGUAGAGGCACCGGAAAUGAUGGCGGUAGGAAAAACACGGGAAAUGGAGGAGCGAUGUUGGGCAGGCGACACAAAGCCAGUAGAAGGCGGAGCGGAGAAACCAGAUUAAGGGAGAGUCAGUCUUUGAAUAGAAUUACCGAAGUGCAGGAAGACAACACGCACGCCCUCGUUAUUUCAACGACCGUUGUGGGUACUCACGGACCUCUCACGCCAAAAGUCAAAGGCAUCGGUGCUAGGAUAUUACAAGGAUUAUCAAUGUCACACAAAAAGCAGUCAUCAGAAGACAAGGACAGCGACAAGGUUGAGACGAAAAACACUAGUAGUCAUCACGUGUCUAGAAAAGAUACGGUAAAAAACCAGGACGCCACUGACAGCGGCAACGAAAGCAAGAUCGUACCUGAUAAAAAGAAGUUGAGGAUACUAGGCAAAUAUUUCCAGGUUCACAAGAAACUGUGCAUUCCCCUUCCGGUUAUUUUCAAUAAGAACGCCCGUUUGUAUAAGGCGCAGUCUUGUGGAUCGCUGGUUCGGGAUAAAAUUAACAAGACCGAACCUGUUCUAAGAUGUAGACAGAGAGCUGUAAGCGUCUUUCGAAAUAGCAUGGGCAUGGAAGACAUCAAUCAAAACAAGAACGACAAGCGAAGAAAAUCGGCCACGGUAGUUCAAUUGAACAACGUUUGUAACGAACUCACGGGCAUGUGCGCUAUACAUCUGGGUCAAACAUCAAAAUGCAGUUUCUGUUGAUUUUUGUACGCUAGAACUUUUAUUUUCUCGAAUACGAGAUUUAAUAUCUCGUUUCAUUCCUUAGCUAGUCAACUCCGAUUUGAUCGGUUGAGAGGAGAUACGAAAUCUUUCACACAUUAAUCCCUACAAGAUUUUUUAUAACUUUUGAUCAUUAGAAAUAUAAUUAGGCAGACAUUUUGAAUGGUCAAAUAGCAUAGUGACACAUCUUACUCGUCAUCAUCUACGUGGAUUAUGUCUGUAGAAGUGUCUGGGAUUGGAUAAGCGUUAAUAAUUGACAUUUUCACUUCAAAGUGACCAACCACAAGAUAUCUGUAGUCUGUUCAACCAAAGAAUUGGCUGACAGUGACAAUUGUUGUCUAUCAUGUGGAUAAUCAUUGAGUAAUGUAAGGCAAAGUUAGUAUAUAGUCUGCUUAAUUACGUUUUUUUUUGGUUAUGACAUUCAUGUUAUUAUUGUUAUUGAGCAAAAUAUCAUACUAAAGGGUUAGCACUCUCUUUAAAUUCGAAUAAAUAAUGUGUAGAAGAGAGAGAAAAAUAUUAUAAAGACUGUGUGAAGGAUUAAUCUCUGUGUAAACACAGGUAUAAUUAGGUUACAGUCUCACAUCCACAUAUGACACUUUUAUGACAUCAUACAUUGUAGUCGUCUUAUUUCAACAUCAAUCUCUCUACCCUCUUAUGAUAACUAAGAAAUUACUUUAAAAUCAUUUGAAUAUUCUUCAAUCUGUACGUUACUGUACCGUACAUACUGUGGUGUAAGUAUGACUGGUGCUGAGGUGUGUAAGUAAUUUUUUGCGUCGUGUAGUUUUUCCAAAAAAUAUCUUAUCAACUUUUAGAAAUCUCAUUUGUCUACAGGGUUGCAUUAGAAUAAUUUUUGCGUCGUUAAAAUCUGUUGGUAUUAUAUCUAAGUGUUGGGAACGUCGGUAAAAUGAAAAUUUGACAAUAUUCGAGUUAUGAGAUGUAGUUUUAAUAAAGAAAACUUUAUACGUAUAAGAAACCAUGUGAUGAGGGAUGUCUUUAUAUUUUGGGUUUUUACAUAGUUUAAAAAUUUAUUACACUGGUAACAUAUAUGUGUAUUAUUUUUCGAACGUUAUAUACGCAACGAUUCAUAAUACUUGUUUCAUUUUAGAACCUAUGCAAUCAAUGUAUAUCUUUGUACAUAUAUUUUUAAGCCAAAGGUGAUCUGUAGAAUACAAAUUAAGUAAUCGUUUCAUGCUCAAAUUGUUUAGCUAUUUAAUGUGUCUGUAUCUAUCUUGUCCCAACUAAUUUUUUCCAGGUAAAAUAUUUGCCAGAUUUGUCACUGUUCUUGUGGCGCUAGUAUCUGAUAAAACUUGUAUCCAAUUCAUAGUAGACUUGUUACUUAAAAUAUCUUCAGAGAUUCUUGUUAUCAACCGACUUAUAAUUUCAGAUAUUUUUUAUAUUGGUAAUAUGUGUUUUAUCUUACUAGAAUAAUUAACUUCUGGAUACUGGAAAGUCGGUUUAUAAUUAAACACCCAAUUAAAAUUAGCUAAAGAUAAAUUUAAACAAAAAGAUCUGUUAGAUAUAUCAGUAAAUAAGUAAAUGUAACAAAUAUUGAGUGUUAAUAGUAAAUUGUUGAUGUUUAAAAAUCUUUUUCUUUUAAUUAUUUGUUACUAGGAUAGAAAUGCACAAAUCUAAACUAAUUAUAUUUUCCUUGAUAAAAGUAAUGAGUAACACCUGUAACACAGAUGAAAAUAUCAAUGUUGCUGUUUAGAUAUAAGUGGUUACUACAACAAAAUGUUUCUAUAUUUUACUAAUAUGACAUUUUAAAUGUAAUCUGAUAAAAGUAAUACUUAUAAAGAGAGAUGUGGCUCUUUUUGCAGAAUUGUAACAUAAAAGACUGAGUUUAUUUCUUAAUAUAUUGGAUGUACUGCUUGUCCGUUAUAACUUAUUUAAAUUAUUUCUAUACAUUAAUGUAGCGGACACGCCCUGUAUAUCCAGGUAAUUCUUAACUUUUUGAUGGUAUUCUAUUUCAAAAUUAUACAGCCUGUCCCCAGAUUGGGUUACGCGAACAUUUAAGAAUUUUCAUUUUGAAAACAUACUAGUGUGUGACAAAAAGUUUACAAUUUUUUUAUAGAAAGUUUAAGUUGAUUUUAAAAAGCAUAGCCAAUAAAAAAUAUAUUGUCAUGGCAGCAAAUCACAGAAAUCCUCUUUACCUCUGGGUAUAUAAGGUAACAAAAUAUUGAAAAAAUUCUGAAUUUUAUUAAGAUUUGGGUUUAUCUUGUGGCAUAAAAAAUUACACUGUCUAAAAUGUCUUUCACUUUUUGAACGCUUGACAUAUGACAAAAUUAUUUUUUGUUAUUGAGCAUGCUGAAAAAAAAUUCCUUUUUCUCAAUAUCUCAAUAAUAACAUAUUUUCCCAUUUGUUGCUAACAUAGUGUCACACCCUGUAUAUAAGGCUUAUCCAAAUUUAGAUAUUCUUCAUUUCCUUUAACUAUAUACACUUUAACUAAUAAUGAUGAAAUUUACAGAGGUUUUAUAUUUUUUACACCAACAUUUUGAUCAGGUGGCAAAAAAAAUGUCAAAUUGGCUCUUUGACUGAAACAAACAUCUCUACAUAGAUCUAUUUUGUUUUAUUUAUUCAUGCGUAGCGAUAUAUACGUGAUGUAAGCGAUAUAUAAUCAUGGGACAUACUGUAUAUAUUACAUAUUUUUAUUAAUAAAUGUUUUUAAAGCAAAACAAAGCGCGUGUGCAAUAGUUUAAUUUUCUUAAUGUACCAUUUAUUAAAAUGAAUGUAUACUGUAAUUUUGGUAAUGUAUAUUUUGUUGCUUUCCUCUGGUGAAAGCAGAUAGUUAUGAUUUUGUUUUAUAUUGUUCAUAGUAGCGCGAGCUUUUUAGUAUUUCAUAUUGUAUAUUAUAUGUUUUAACUUAUUUCCUCUCUUUCGAAAAAUAUUUUUACAACUUAUAUUUUGAUAGGGAAGCUCUUAACUAGAUCAAACUGUCUAUCUACCUGUAUAUCUGGAAUAUUUUAGGAACCAAAUAACGUUUGUUUAUGGGAUAUAGCUAUAUUAUAUAUAUUAAAAUAUAUUGUAUGUACUAUUUGUUAAAUGUCAUUGUGGGUGACAUAUUCUGAAAGUAUGUGCUGUGCACAAAUAGAUUACCUUUUCCAUCAAACCCAAUUUCUUAUUUAAUUUAGGUGUGCCUGCGUAUUUUGGACUACCAUCUAUUUUGUAAUCAUUUGAUUUUCAGCAUCCAGACUGACUUUUAGGCUAAUUAAUUGUGUAGAUACACGAUAUUUUAUAAACGAUAGGAAAAAUGUCAACACUCGGUUUGAUUUGAAUUUAUUUUCGACACUAUUUCAGUGUGCCUUUAUUUUUUAUGUAGAUGCAUAGUGUAGAUGCUAUUGAUUGAUGUCAAGCGGGUCUUGUCGUUAGUGAUAGUUAUCUCGAUGUAUGCAUCAAUGUGUGCACAACCCUUAAUAUCUAAUAAACAUAUUUACCAUUGAA